ACCUGGUGGAGUAAUAAUUCAAACGAGGGUGAAGGUAGUUUUGAAAGAGCUGGUAGGGUUGGGGUUAUUUCUUAGUCCUUUUUCUUGCAGAACAAAGUAGUGGAAAAUGAGCGCCUGUUGCUUUAAGAAGUAUGCUUUAUACUAAUAAUGCAGAUGGUUCUGAUCAUCCCUCCAUCCAAGUGUUUUUUUCUGGCCUAAUAAGGAAGUCUGUGUUAUAUACAGAGCGCUAAUGCCGGUUUGACCUUAGGACUGCAGUUCAGCGAAGACAAUAAAUGCCAUGUUCAGAGUGUCGAGCCACUGACACUUCUGUUUGAGUACGUUACUGCUCUUCAGGGGACACACAAGCGUUUGUGGAAGAUACAGUCCAGAUCCAGACUUUGCAAGCUGGGUGCUUGAGCCUUUUGGAGAGAGAGGAACGAGAGCUAUCCCAUUGUAUUUCAGGGUUGUUACAGCAGUGUUUAGCGCGGGGAGAGUUAGCAUGGGGGAGAGCGGCUGGUGUCGAUGGGCUGUCCCAUUGUGGAUGUUCACGUUGGCAGGUUUUCUGCAGCUGUCUGCGUCUUACAGUGUGAAGCACUCGGCUCUCUCUGACUUUCAUGACAGCAGUGUGAGGAACUGCACAGUUGUCCCACCGUACCUUCCUCCAACCACCGUCAACACCACUAAGAGACUGGCAGACCUGCGGCUGCUGAUGCCCGCUCACAAUGUCAGCGCCUACAUCAUUCCAGCCACAGACGCACAUCUGAGUGAGUAUAUAGCAGUUCGAGAUCAGAGACUAACAUGGAUUACUGGAUUCACAGGGACCGCCGGCACAGCGGUGGUGACGAACACCAAGGCUGUUUUCUGGACAGACAGCCGCUACUGGAUCCAGGCAGAGAGACAGGUGGACUGCAACUGGGACCUCAUCAGGGACUCCUAUGUCAGCAGCAUUGUGGACUGGCUGAUCAGGGAGAUUCCAGAGGGCCAGCAGAUCGGAGUGGACCCCUUCCUGUUCUCUAUAGAUACAUGGAAUAGUUACUACCGCCCCCUGGAACAAGCCAAACGGACUUUAAUAUCCGUCCCUCAGAACCUGGUGGAUGAGGUCUGGACUGAGCGCCCCCCUCCCCCUUCGGAGGCCAUCGAGCGACUCCCUGACUAUGUGAUAGAGAGAUCCUGGCAGGAUAAGGUUCAGGAGAUCCGGAAGCAGAUGAUGGAGGAUGCUUACAAACCGACGGCUGUCCUGCUCUCUGCACUCGAUGAAACCGCGUGGCUGUUUAAUCUGCGAGGGAGUGAUAUCCCUUACAAUCCCUUUUUCUUUUCCUACACCCUUUUGACACUGGAUGAGAUCUGGCUGUUUGUGGAUCCUUCCAGAGUUACCGCGGAGAUAAAAGAAUAUCUAAAUGCAAGCUGCUUCCAGUCUCACUGCAUUCAGAUAUUGGAGUACAGCACAGUGAAAAGUUACAUUAGGCGCUAUGUUACAGGCAAUGUGAAGGUGUGGAUCGGCACAGAGUACACGACCUAUGGACUUUAUGAAGUGAUACCGAAGGAGAAGUUAUUGACCAGCGCGUAUUCUCCAGUCCUCGUCACUAAAUCUGUGAAGGAUCAGACAGAGCAGAAAGUCCUAAAGGAUGCUCAUGUGAGGGAUGCUGUCGCUGUCAUCCAGCUUCUAGUCUGGCUGGAGAAAAGCGUCCCUAAAGGAACAGAGGACGAGCUCUCUGCAGCACAUUUUGUCGACCAGAAGCGCAGUGCACAGAAGCACUUCAGGGGACCGAGCUUUGAGUCUAUUUCUGCGAGUGGACCGAACGCAGCGCUGGCUCAUUACAGCCCUAACAAUGAGACAAACAGGAAGCUGAGCGUUGAUGAAAUGUACAUGACUGACUCUGGAGGCCAGUACUUGGAUGGGACCACCGACAUCACACGCACAGUGCACUGGGGGGUGCCUUCAGACUUUCAAAGGGAGGCAUUCACCCGUGUGCUGAUGGGAAAUAUUGACCUGUCAAGGCUCAUCUUCCCUCCUGGAACAAGCGGUAGAAAUGUAGAGGUGCUGGCCCGCAGAGCACUCUGGGAAGUGGGACUCAACUAUGGCCACGGAACGGGUCACGGGAUCGGCAACUACUUCAGCGUCCACGAAUGGCCUGUGGGAUUUCAGUCUAACAACAUCGCAUUGCAGGCAGGAAUGUUCACCUCUAUAGAGCCUGGAUAUUAUCAGGAGAAUGAUUUUGGAAUAAGAAUUGAAGAUGUUGCUGUUGUGGUGAAGGCAGAUACAAAGUUUGGAGGGAAGCAUUACCUGACUUUUGAGACGGUCUCGCUGGUCCCAUAUGACAGGAAGCUAAUCAACACUGCCCUCAUGAGCAGAGAACAGAUUGAGUGGUUGGAUGCGUACUGCCAGAAGAUCCGCAGCGAGGUGGUCCCCGAGCUGGUCAGGCAGGGGUUGAAGGAGGAGCACAGCUGGGUAAUGAAACACACAGAACCCUUUGUCUCAGGAAGCAUCCUGGCGACAGCCUCCUCGCUCACACUGACCGCUGCGCUCCUGUCCAGUACCCUCCUCCAGCGCCUGCUGUUCUAGAGCCCAGCAGGGAGACUGUGGGACGGAUUACCAGGGGUGAAAGAGUCUGGAUAACUAUUGACUCCGCAAUUUCCCAAAAUGCUUUUUCCUAGCUAAAAAUGAAAUCAGGCCCCAAGGCUACACUGAAACUGCAUGAGUCAGUUCAGUAAAUCAGUUUAAAAUGAUCUAUAUGGCUAUGCAAAUUCUUUUUAAUUUUUUGGUCCAGUUUUCAUAUGCGUGCGUGUGCUCACAACUGAUAUGCAAGAGGAAGCUUAUUUUUUUAAUAUAGCACAAAACAGCUUGCUUUCAUUCUGAGCCCUAGGACAUUAUUUAUAUGCAAUAAAAAAGGAUAAUUAAUUCUGAAACAGGAAAUUGCUCAGAUUGAUACCAUCCCGGCAGCAUUUUUUAAUGCAGUAUAAUGCUUUUGUCACCGUUUUUUUUUUUUUUUUUAAUAUAUAUAAAAGACUUAACAGCUGAAAAUAUUUUUUUGACAUUUCUUAUCAGGAUUGUGAAUUUCAUCAAAUGAAAUGUGUUUCUGUGAAUGCAGUGUUGUCAUAACUGUCACAUUAGGAACAUGUGUUGCAAUCUGCUUUGUCCAUGUCUGUAAGGCCUCAAUAAAAUGAAUCCCUUUAUUGAUCGUUUGGGCUGAAAAUCUAGGCUUCCAUAGAUGUUUGUGUAAAACAGUUAUUUUACCAUUUCAAUAAAAAGGAACACUAUUGACUUUGGUAUUUUACAAGCAUUGGUAUCAAAUGUAGCAUUGAUUUUGACAUACAGUAUUAAAGUUGAGUUAUCAAGAAACAAAAUAGUACAAUACAGUACAAAUUACAGGGAAGUCCUUACAAAUGAAUGUUCAGAACAAAGCAGGGAGUAUGUCCCUGCAUGAAAUGUAUUGCUCUAGUUGCCAUGGUUCCUGUCCUGAGAGGGAAGUGUAGUGUGCAAACAGGAAAUAAGAUGAUGCCAUUAGGGGAAGAUGACAUCACAGAUCAGGCUCCAUGGUGCUUAUUAAUAACAUAGCUACUCACUUUAAACAAAAGCUUGUUGACAUUUCCUAUCUAUUUUGUAUAUUGCAUUGCCCUGCGAUAUUGUAAUAU